AUGACGUUACCAAUUUCAAAAGUUUUUUUACAAUCACAACAACCGAGAAACAUGACAGAUUAUUAUCAUGAAAUAUGCAAUGAAACUGAUAGUUUGAUAUACAUUCAAGGGGCAAAUGUCAAGUUACAUGGAUCUGCAAUUUAUUGGUCAUGUACACUAGUACCAGCAUUUGAUCGUGAAUCUAUUGCACAAGCAGAGAAUUAUGCUGAAACAGAUCUUCAUCGUGCAUAUUCUCGAAUUUUAUUAUUCACCUGUCCAUUCUACAACCAGGAACGAAAACUUUUGAAUUUUUUUCAACGACAAAAUAUUAUAUUUCAACGAGAAUUAUCCUCAAUCGAACAUAAACUAUUUAAAUUAGUAUCAUAUAGAGGUCAAGUUGAACAAUGUCAAUUUGUUUCAUCAUUCACUCAAUUUAUUCAUAAUAUGAAUACUCGUUUUUACUAUGAUAAGUAUGUAACACCCGCUACAUUUUGA